CUUUGCUAACCGCUGACGGUAAUUAAUGAUGGCGUUCUAUUAGUUGUGUGUCGAGUCUAGCCACGCAUAUUUUUAGCUUUUGACGCAGGUAGCUGUUGUUAAUUCCCUUAAUUUGCUCCGCUCCAUAAAUUUUUAUGUUUUAGAACCAGACACGUAUUCAAUAGACAUGAAUUAAGACUGCUUCACAGAGUUCACAUCGAGAUUUAAUGUUAACCUCAUUUAUGGUUCUCUUAACGUUUUCUCUGCGUAAUAAGGAGAGCUAUCCAUGAGUUCCCAGCAGAGUCCUGCCAACCUACAGUCGUCGGUAGACCGUGACAAGAUAUAUCAGUGGAUUAUAGAACUCUCCAACCCCGAAACCAGAGAAAAUGCACUGCUUGAACUCAGUAAGAAGCGAGAGGUUGUGCCUGACUUGGCACCCAUGCUGUGGCAUUCGUUUGGUACUAUAGCAGCUCUCCUUCAGGAGAUUGUCAACAUCUACCCUGCAAUCAAUCCAGCCACCCUGACAGCGCACCAGUCGAAUCGUGUCUGUAAUGCUCUGGCUCUUCUUCAGUGUGUUGCAUCACAUCCCGAGACCCGAUCUGCAUUUCUGCAAGCCCAUGUUCCUCUCUUCCUCUACCCAUUUCUGCACACUGUCAGCAAGACUCGGCCAUUUGAAUAUCUCAGGCUGACCAGUCUUGGUGUGAUAGGUGCACUUGUCAAGACUGAUGAACAAGAGGUGAUCACAUUCCUUCUGACAACAGAAAUCAUCCCACUGUGUCUUCGUAUCAUGGAAAGUGGCUCUGAGCUCUCAAAGACGGUGGCAACGUUUAUUCUUCAGAAGAUCCUACUGGAUGACAGUGGAUUGUCCUACAUCUGCCAAACAUAUGACAGGUUCUCACAUGUCGCCAUGAUACUGGGCAAGAUGGUUCUGUCCCUGGCCAAAGACCCAUCAGCUCGACUUCUGAAGCAUGUUGUUAGGUGUUACCUUAGGCUUUCAGACAAUCCAAGAGCACGGGAGGCCUUGAGGCAGUGUCUGCCAGACCAGCUGAGGGAUGCCACGUUCGCCAACUGUCUUCAGGAUGACAAAUCAACGAAGCACUGGUUGUCGCAGUUAUUAAAGAAUCUCGAGACCGGGCCAGUUACUGUGGGUGACCCUCGAAGUGUUGGGAUCUCACCUCUUGCCCCACAGUGAAAAAGCAUCCAUACAAGGCCGAAGCCAGCGGAUACAGAACCUAAUACACCACAAGCUUGCUAAUUCAGCAAGUAGUCAACAGAACAAUGUAUAUAAAUCCACAACAAUAAAUCGAGCAUACGAAACCCCUACACAUCACUGCAGCUACAUAACCUACCAUGACAGUGAUCACCAGAAGCUGACCCUGGUUGCCAUUGUUAAGGUGGUCAUGACUGCUGUAGGUUGGCUACUACCCAUGGUUGCAUAAUUUAAAGUUGGCCUCCUGUGAAGCAGCUUUAUAAUGUGAUGGAAUACUCCUCUGCUAGACAGUGACUCAUUAAAGCAUGUUUCUGUGACAAGCAUGCCUUGAUGCCUGAAAGCUGGGAUAAACUGUUGCUGGACAAUGCUUUGGUGAACACAUUUUAGAGGUUACACAGUCAGCAGAGGGGCUUUUGUUGCUAGGCAGCAAGUCCCAUGGCAGCAUAUGGAACAGAAUAACAUGCCCUGUUUGAGAUGGUGAUCUGUAUUAGGGCUGCCUGGAAGUUAGUUUAGUCAGGAGAGUUCAGUCAUUCAGCAGUUGUUUGUGAGAAGGAGUUCUUCAUUGAUGAUUCAUCACAGUGGAAGGGAAGACACUCACAGUACAAUAAGGAAUGUAGCAAGUCAUAGAGAAUCACUGAUUAUGAAUUGUCAUUUGUUGAUUGUAAUUGUAAAGAGGUCUCAGUAAAUCCAUCAAAUUCAAAA